CACUUGUAAGAUUUGUUGUGAAUUUCUUACACAUUUUCCUGGAGUUGUCCCUCAUUCAUAAGUCAAGGUUUUUAUCCACACUGCAUGUGAGGCUCGUGGCAACAUGAAAGGCUGCAUAACUUUAGUCUUCUGUGUGGCAACCCUCAGUGCAUGGGCAUUCACUGCAGAUGCCAAGGAGUUAUCCAUCACCACUAUAAAGCAAGAACCAUACACCAUGACCAAAGGCUCUGGAGGAGAGCUAGAGGGCUACUGCAUCGACCUGAUAUCUGAGCUCUCCAAGAAGCUGGGUUUCAGGUACAAACUGCACCUGGUGAAGGACAACCGCUACGGAGCCAUGGACUCCAGUGGCAACUGGAAUGGCAUGAUUGGUGAGGUCAUCAGAGGGGAGGCUGACCUGGGUGUGGCCUCGCUGACCCUCACUGCAGUCAGAGAGCAGUUUGUGGACAUGACCACUCCCUUCAUGCAAACAGGCAUCGGCUUUAUCCUGCACAAAGAUGUGGCCUCUGAAGAAAGCACCUUCAGCCUCUUGUCACCCUUCUCCACCGACAUGUGGGUGGGUCUCCUCAUCGCAUUCUUGCUGACUGGUCUCUGCAUAUUCCUGGUGGGCAGGAUCAGUCCCACUGAAUGGGCAGAGCCGGGCACAGAGGACUACAACUUCACGUUGCUGCACAGCUUCUGGUACAUCACUGGAGCUCUCACCCUGCAAGGUGCUGGUCCUCACCCUAAAGCCCUGUCUGGAUGUGUAGUCAGUGCCAUCUGGUGGCUGUUUGCUGUACUGCUGCUGGCCUGCUACUUUGCCAACUUCAACUCCAUGCUGCAUUCUAAUAAUAAACACGUCUCCAUCAAGAGCUUUGAAGACCUUGCCAACCAGGAUGUGAUAGAUUAUGGCACAGUGGAAGCUGGUUCCACCAUGCUUUUCUUUAAGAAUUCCAACAACCCUGUCUACCGGCGCAUCUACCAGCACAUGGAGCGUAAGAAGAGCUAUGUGUCCAGCAUGGAGGAGGGUGUUCGCCGUGCCCAGGAGGGAAACUUUGCCUUCAUCGGUGAAGCAGUGUCCUUGGACUUGGCAGUGGCUCGCUACUGUAAACUGACCCGCUCCCAGGAAGUCAUUGCUAUGAGAGCCUACACUAUUGCAGCACCUCUGGGUUCCCCAUGGGUUAAAAACCUAACCAUUGCCAUCCUCCAGCUCAGUGAAUCCGGUGAGCUGACAUACCUGCGGGAGAAGUGGUGGGCCAGCAGCUGUAUGGGAGAUGAUGGGGCUCACACCUCUGAGGCCCUGCAGCCCCAUGACCUGCGGGGUCUCUUCAUCCUCCUUGGCAUGGGACUGGGUGUUGGGCUGCUGCUGGCCCUGCUGGAGCUCUUAUCCAAGGCCCACAACCAAGCUAAGGAUGGCAAGAAAUCAUGCUGUUCUGUGUUGACAUCAGAGCUGAAUCGGCGGUUUGGCAGUGGAGGGGAGAGCGCAGAGCAGGACACUACAGACAAAAGCAAAGCCUAAAAGAAAUGCUUACAUGUUCAAUUUUGACAGGAUAGUGUCAAAGAUGAGGAUAAGCUGAGUGUUUUCUUCCUGUUCCAUCAAACAAUUUAGCUUUCUGUGUUUCCAUGGUAACAGUCAUAUGUUGUGUAGUUAUUCAGUGUGUUUCAUAUUUUUCCAGAACAGCAUGGUGACCACAUGAAUCAUCAUCAUCAACCAGCAGCUACAGUGUAUUAAGCAACAAACUAAGGGACUUACAACUUCAGACUGUCUGCAAAUAUACUAAUCCUAAGAUUUGUUUACUGUUGAAGAUCAAGAGAUUUUUUUUCCCAUCAAAGGUUAUCAAAUGUCCACAUCCCCCCACUAAUUUAACUGUAUCUCUUCUUGAAUCAUAAUAGUGUAAUAACAUUUUUUUACAGCUUG